ACCUAAGCUUGAGAGCCAGCUGAAUGGUGCAGAGGUCAAAACAAGCGAACAACCAACGAAUAACCACAACGACCGCAGCAGCUGUUUUGCCUCUCACAUUGUAGCUAAAUUGAUGCAAAUCUGGCACACACAGGCAGCAGCAGCAGUGGCAGCAUGCGACGCAACAACUAUCCUUAUCAGCCCCUAAAUCAGAAUCCUGGACCCAGUGCGCCCGCGAGUCACGAUGCCCUCGAGGCGGAAAACGAACGCGCGGCCGAGGAGCUGCAGCAGAAGAUCGGCGCACUCAAAUCCCUGACCAUAGACAUUGGCAACGAAGUGCGCUACCAGGAUAAACUGUUACGCGGCAUCGACGACGACAUGGAUCGCACUGGCGGUUUUCUGGGCAACACAAUGACACGCGUUGUGCGGCUGGCCAAGCAGGGCGGCGGCUCCAAGCAAAUGUGUUAUAUGUUCCUCUUUGUGCUGUUCGUCUUUGUGCUGCUCUGGCUGACGCUCAAGUUCAAGUAGUGUGGCCGUAUGUUAAUUUUAUACAAAAAUAUAUAUAUUUUUAGAUACCCUA